AUGGGCGCCUCCCAGAGCACCCGUGUGGACGAAGCGCCUGCCCUCGAGCCUCUGCCCCCGGUGACGUUCGACGCCCGCAAGGCGCGACGCGCCCUCGCUGAUCGACACGAAAAGGUCCGGCAGGAGAUCAAGGACCUGAAGAAGGAGCGGGGCGAAUACGAGUCGCAGUGGGGCGCGUGUUUCAACAAGAACGGGUGGAUCUGCAGCGUCGUGGGCUGCGCGCUGUCUGUUCCCCUGGUCCGGAAACAGAAGUCCUUCAUCCCCUUCGCGCUCCUCGGCGGCAUGGGCUCGGCUCUCGACUACGUGAUGGCCACGCGGCAUUGCAAGUACCUCAAGGACCACAUCGACUUCUACGACAAGCGAAUCAAGGAGCUGCAGGACGCCGAGGGGAUGUAG